AUGCCAAAAGUAAAGAAGACAAAGGUUUUGAGGGUAGUCGAGAACGAGCCUUUGGGCAAAAAACCUAAGACCGAUUCCGAAAAGUUAUUCCACAGUGAGCGAGCAUUUAUCGCCGCAUCCAAUAGAGGCGAUCGUAAAGAAUUUGAAUCACGAAUGAAAUCUGCCCGCUCGGCUUCAGCCAUACACAAGCUGAGAACCGGUCGAGGACUUAUUAUUACCGAGGAAGCUGUAAGAUCAGGAUUAGUUGGUGAGGAAGAGGAAAGCCCAAUGCGAAAAUUCAUGAAAUCUCAUUACUAUCCCUUGUACAAUCAAGCACCCAUUCCUACCACUCAUAAAGAUCUCGUGCAACAUCUGCGCGACAAUCCUGAGUUAGUAGCCAAUAUUCAAGCUUUACUUGACGGUGCUCGAGAUGAAGGUAUACUUGAGUCAGUGGAACCUCAAAUGGCGACGGAGAUGUCACUCUUUAUACAAUGUGGCCAGCAAUUAUUCUCUCAAAAUUCUAAUCGUCCGGGGGCGAUGACACAACAUAUGCCUACACCUCCGCCAUCAUUAAGUCGACAUUCAAGUUUUGGACCAAGUGUAUCAUCGCCAUUUACAAAUCAUUCACCAAGCUAUGAUCAAAAUAUGGCAUCGCCGCAGAUGGAUCCUAAAUCGAAAUUUGGACAAACUAUGUCAUCGCCAUUACCCUAUCAAACACCGAGUUAUGAUCAAAACAUGGCAUCCUCCCCGAUGAACCAGACUAGCCUUGGAAAAUCGCCAUUACCAAGCCAAGUACCAGUCUAUGAGCAAAAUAUGGCAGUAUCGAUGGGACGAAAUUUAAGCACCCAAAGUCAUCAAAGCAUCCAAGCCAAUUCAUCCAGGCAAUCAUCGAUCUCAUUCAUAAACCCAAAUCAACGCAUAUAUCAAAAUCAUACCGACACAACCCCAGGAACACUUUCCAACAGAACCGACUAUUCAAUGUAUCAGAAUGAGACGUCUCAGAUUCAAAUGGAUCAAAUGCGUCAAUGGAAUUCAGUGACACAAGCUGAUGUAAAUUCGACCUUUCAACCGACGUCAUUCUCUCAAUUACCCCCAACAUCAACAACUGCAAUCGAAGCACAAUAUCCAGACUCCUUUGCACAAGCAUCCAUGUUGGAAAAUGACGAAUCGUUUGAUUUUAGUCUGGUUGAUUUUAGCGGUGGUCAAUAA